ACACCCAAAUCACCCAAAACAGCAGGCUUGCACCCCACAGCCCCUCACUCUUCUCUGACAGCAUCUCCAGGACAUCACUGCAGCUUGUCAUGGCCACCUACAAGGUGACAGUGGCAACAGGUGACAUGGUGGAAGCUGGGACCAACAACUCCAUCUCCAUCACCUUGGUGGGCAGCUAUGGCGAGAGCCGCCAGACCACCGUCUCCUUCUUGUUCCUGCCAGGGAAGGAGAGGAGCCUGUCUGUGCACUGUGGGCAGGACUUGGGCCCCAUUGUCCUCAUCCGCCUGCAUAAGUGGCGGCUCUUCCUGGAGGAUGCCUGGUUCUGCAAGGACGUCCGGGUGACAGCUCCCAAUGGCACCCUGUAUCGCUUCCCCUGCUACCAGUGGCUGGAGGGGGUCACCACAGUGGAGGUGCGAGAGGGCUCAGGGAAGAAGCUGGUGGACGACAAGCUGCAGAUCCUCAAGGAACAUCGUCAUCGGGAGCUGGCAGCACGGCAGGAGGCUUACCGGUGGAAGAGCUUCGCCCAGGGCUGGCCCCGUUGCCUCAACGUGGACUCCAUCUUCGACCUGGACUCCAACAUCCAGUUCUCCCGCAUCAGGGCCAACAACUUCACUGGUUUCCUCAUCUUCCAAGGGGCCUCCCACUUUCUGUCAGGGUUCCUACUGAGACGCAGCUCCUGGAAGAGCCUGGAUGAGAUGCGCACCAUCUUCUCUCGGACACAGGGCAGGGACAUUGUCCCUGAGUAUGUGGCCAAGCACUGGCAAGAAGAUGACUUCUUCGGUUCCCAGUUCCUCAAUGGCAACAAUCCCAUCAUCAUCCAUCGCUGCACCACACUGCCGCCCAAAUUCCCAGUGACACCAGAGAUGGUCGCUGGCUCACUGGGAGGUGGUACUGACCUGGACAAGGAGCUGCAAGAAGGUCGGAUUUUCAUUGUGGACUACAAGGUGCUGGAGGACAUCCCAACCGACACCAUUUACGGGCGCCAGCAGUACAUAGCGGCCCCACUCUGCCUGCUUCACCAAGGCACCGAUGGGCUCCUGCGCCCCAUCGCCAUCCAGCUCAGCCAAACACCAGGACCCCGCAGCCCCAUCUUCCUGCCAAGUGAUGAUGAGUGGGACUGGCUGUUGGCCAAGACCUGGGUGCGCAACGCUGACUUCUACAGCCACCAGCUCCUCACACACCUGCUGAGGACCCACCUGUUUGGGGAGGUCUUUGCCAUCGCCACCCUGCGCCACCUGCCCACCUGUCACCCCCUCUUCAAGCUCCUCAUGCCCCACUUCCACUUCACACUGCACAUCAACACUUUGGCCCGCAGUGUCCUCAUAAACCAAGGUGGUCUCAUUGACAAGGGUUCCGGGGUGACCUACGAAGGGCUGCUGCUGGUGGUGCAGCGAGGCCUGGAGCAGGUGACCUACACGUCCCUGUGCCUCCCUGAUGACAUCCAACAACGUGGCAUGUCCCAUGUCCCCAACUACCAUUACCGAGACGAUGGGAUGAGCCUCUGGGAAGCCAUUGAGAGCUUUGUCACCGGCAUUGUGACAUUCUACUAUGGUGGGGAUGCAGCGGUGAGCGGGGACACCGAGCUGCAGGCCUGGGUGAUGGACAUCUUCACCAAUGGUUUCUUGGGCAGGACCUCCUCAGGUAUUCCCUCGUCGCUGCAGACAGUGGUGGAGCUCAUCAAGUUCCUCACCAUGGUGAUGUUCACCUGCUCGGCGCAGCAUGCGGCUGUCAACAAUGGGCAGUAUGAUCUGGGGGCCUUCGUCCCCAACGCCCCGUCCUCCAUGCGCCACCCACCACCCACUGAGAAGGGCCAGGCCUUCCUCCAGCACUUCCUCGACACCAUUCCUGAGGUGGCCACCACUGCUAACAUCCUGGUUGCCCUCAUUCUCCUCAGCUCCCAACUCAAGGACAGGAGGCUCCUGGGACAGUACCCGGAGGAGUGGUUCACGGAGACGGAACCCCGGCGGCUCAUCCGGGCCUUCCAAGGGCGGCUGGAGGAGAUCCGGGACCGGAUUGAGGAGAGGAACCACCUGGCUGAGCUGAGAUACAACUACCUGAACCCACUGGAGACAGAGAACAGCAUCUCCAUCUGA